AAAGAAGAACAGAAAAGCAAGAGACAGAAAGAUUUGCAGAAGAUCAUACAUAUAAACAGCAGUUACUCGACUAAGACACAAAUAUUGUUGUCAUUGAUAUGGCCCAGAAUUUCCGCAGAAACAGCAACUUGUGACCAAUGUGAAGAAAAAUCAGCGUUCGUUGAUUUAUAUAUUUGCACGACUGCAAAUACUAGCAAGCUUUGUCUAACAACUGGAACGGAGCAAAUCACAGAACCGAAAAUCCCAGUCAGUGCAUACGCAAUUGCACAAAAUGGAAGAGCCUCAGUUGCUAUUCCACGAGCAAUAGGAUCACGAAAUCCUAAUUUGUCGAGAGCCAAAGAUACUAUGCUGAGAGCAAGAGCCACAGUUAUGCAUCUAGGUAGAAUUGAUACGGUCAAUGAUGGUUCGAGACCAACAAGACGGCCAACUAAAGCAGUUGAGUACAAAGAGAACAACGUGGAUAGGAUCACAGAGGCGAACGAGAGAAUAACCGAUCCAAGAAAUCCCAUCAAAAUGUCACCAGCUCCAGGAUUCGAUGAGAUCUUUAUCAUGCCAAAAAUGGAAGCAUCACCG